AUGGCGGGGAUGCUCUUUUUAACCCUCCAGUCCCUCGGCCUCGUCCCUGGCGUCACGUAUCUCGUAACCGCCAUUGGCGUCCUCCUGCCUUCUCGAAUACUUCGAACCAGCGCGUUCUUGGUCAAUUCAGUCAUUGUCUACUAUAGUAUUCGGUCCACUGCGACCAACGUCCCCGCCCAUGACUACUCUGUUGGUUCUGGUUACAUAACGCUGUUGAUUCAUUCAUCAGUUCUUUUGCUUUUGUCUUCGCCACGCUCCGAUUUUCGACAGCUCAAUCAAGCGGAACCGACGACGACGUUAUCGUGGUUACAAUGGGCGUUCGCUCUUCUUACCAGUCCUCGUCUGAUAGGAUGGACGACGGGGAAAGACAAAGAAGGCGUUCGCAAUUGUCCCCCUCAAUCAUCGGCUCAUCUAGCACCUCCGCGGCCAUCCCUGACAGAACAAUUCAAAACGGUGGGCAAUCGAGUGGCCGUUUUGGCCACCGUUCUAGCCAUCCUAAACACCAGAACCUUUCGCCUGAAUGUCGAAGGGGGUCCUCGACUCGUUGACCUGCCAUGGCUCUGGAAAUCGGUUUACGUUGUCAUUUGCGGCUGCGGGACAUACGCAGUGAUCGACGUAUCACACAGACUUUGGAUGUUGCUGCUGGUGCUUGCUCGCGUACGGCAGCCGUCGGACUUCCACCCCGUGUUUGGGUCAAUGGCGGAUGCGUAUACACUGCAAAGGUUCUGGGGCCGAAGUUGGCAUCAAAUUCAUCGACGAAAAUUCCUUGCCCAUGCGGAAUUCAUAACGCGGGACCUUCUCGGACUUCCAGAAGGCUCCACCUCAGCGGCAAUCAUCAAACUGUAUACUUCGUUCUUCGUUUCUGCCUUGAUCCACGCGGGCGGGGACUACGCAUGUCUGCGAGGUAGUUCAGUGGUGAAGACUAAUUACUUCGGAGGCGGGGGGAGCAUACCAUUUUUUCUCCUCCAAGCGCUUGCCAUCCACGUCGAAUCCAUGGUGAUCGCCGGUUUUCGAAGAAUGGAGCGUGCGUGGUUCAAUCAAGGAAUGAAAGAGAUAAGGGGAAGGAAGGCGCUGAAGCUUAUUGGAUAUCUGUGGGUGUGGGUGUGGAUGACGUGGACCGUACCAAUUGCCCUAGGUCCAUUGCUUGAGGGAGGCCUGGCGAGUAUAACUGUAUACUAA